AUUCUCUUUAUCCUAAUAUCUCAACUUUAAAUUCCAAUAUCCUAAAUCCCUAUCUUUAAUAAUAUAUUUUAAGAAAUGCACGCAGUUCCUGAACAUGUUACAAUCGGACUUCCAAGAGAAGGAUUACAAGCCUUCGAUGAUCAUACAGAAUUGGCCAAGCACCCAGCUCCAUAUAGAAUCAAGGAAAUCGAAGGUACAAUUUUAUAUUAAGAUGAAUAGUCUAAUAUACCGAUGAACAUAUCCUCGGAACAGUCUUCAAAUAUGCCGAUGCCAAGGGACACACCAUCGAUGGUCACGAUAUUGAAAAAUUCAAGCCUUUCGGACAUUUGUUCGGUAAAGUGCACAAGAAGCACUUCAAGAUUGAUGAUGGUAAUUGUUCAAUAAUAAUUCAUUAGACGAUGAAAUCCUUGAAAUCUCAGGACAUGCUGGUGCCAGAAUCAAUGAGUUGAAGUUCAAGACAUACAAAGGAAAGGAAGAAUCUUUUGGAGUUAAGAAUGGUGUUCAUUUUGUUUACUCUUUCCCAGGACACACCUUCGGAUCUGUUUCUGGUGGUUAUGAAAAACAUUUGGAUUUCAUUAGAAUUCAUGUCAAUGAACUCCCCCCUGCUAAACAUCAUUUGAAAGUUAUCAUCAUCAAGAGUUGAGUUAUUAAUUAUAUAAUAAA